AUGCAUAUGAAAUUCGUUCCCCUUGGUCUUAUUGCCAGUAUCUUGGCUUCCGUCUCUGCUCGUUCUUUGUAUUCUGAAGGUGACCUUAUCGCUCGUGAUGCAGCCAGCGUUGCCGAUGUUUCAGGUAACAACAUCCAACUUCAAGAUACCGUUUCAAACAUUCUUAAUGGUCUUUUGGUUGCUGGUAAUGCUAACGGUGUUCAUGCUGUUGUUGCUGGCGAAGAUACUGUUGGCGGUGGUCAUCUCGGUGGAAACAAGGAUCUCCAUGUUGGUGGCAAUAAUCUUGAGCACGGUAUCGAGCUCGAAAACGAUAUCGAUGUUGAAGACGUUGAAGUCGACGAUGUUGAUGUUGAGGGUGUUGACCUUGAGGAUGUUGAAGUUGAUGACGAUCUUGCAGUCACUGAUGACGCUGAUAUUGAAGAAGAGCUCGAUGUCGAAGAGACCGCUGAUGUUGAUGUUGAUGUUGACACUGAUUUAGACAUCGAGGAAGAUGCUGAUGUUGAGGUUGAGACCGAGGUUGAAGUUGAAGCUGAUGCUGACGUUGAUGUUGAAACCGAAUUAGAGAAGCGUGGUACUGUUGACGCUAAUGGCAACAAUGUUCAACUCAAGGAUACCGUCAAAAAUAUUGCUAACGGUGCCAUCGUUGCCGGUAAUGCCAAUGGUGCCGAUGUCGAUGUUGCUCGUCGUGGUUUAGUUUCUGCCAACGGUAACAAUGUUCAAACCAAGGAUACCAUCAGCGACAUUGCUAACUGUGCCAAGGUUGUUGGUAACGCCAACGGUGUCAAAGCCAAGGUUGCUCGUCGUAGUGCUGUUGAAGCCAAUGGUAACAAUGUUCAACUCGAUAAGACUGUCCAUAACAUUGGCAAUGGUCUUUUAGUUGCUGGUAAUGCCAACGGUGUCGUUGCUAAAGUUCUCGGUUUAAAGAAACGUGGUACUGUCGACGCUAAUGGCAACAAUGUUCAACUCAAGGAUACCGUCAAAAAUAUUGCUAACGGUGCCAUCGUUGCAGAUAAUGCCAAUGGUGUCGUUGCCGAUGUUGCUCGUCGUGGUUUAGUUUCUGCCAACGGUAACAAUGUUCAAACCAAGGAUACCAUCAGCAACAUUGCUAACUGUGCCAAGGUUGUUGGUAACGCCAAUGGUGUUAAAGCUAAGGUUGCUCGUCGUGCUUUGGUCAAAGCAAGUGGUAACAAUGUUCAAACCAAGGACACUAUCUCCAACAUAGCUAAUCGUCCUGUCAUUGCCAAUAACCUUAAUGGUCUUAUCGCUAAAGUCCUCGGUCGUCGUGGUGAAAUUGAAGCCAAUGGAAACAACGUUCAAGCUGCAGACACCAUUUCCAACAUUGCUAAUAAGGCAAUCGUUGCUGACAAUGCCAAUGGUGUUGUAGCAAAAGUAAUCAGCCGUCGUGGUACUGUUGAUGCUAACGGUAACAAUGUUCAACUCAAGGAUACUGCUACCAAUAUUGCCAAUGGUCUCUAUGCAGUUGGUAACGCCAACGGUAUUGAUGCAGAUGUUGCCAAAAGAGGUACUAUUGAAGAAUCACUCGAUGUAGAUGCAGCCGACGCUUUAGAUUCAACCUUUUAA